GUUUUGGAAUCAUCUAGUAUAAUUCUUUAUGCCAUAGUUGGAUGGGCAGAAUUUGCUCUGUACAGUAUUUGAAGCAAUUUGUCAUUUCACUUGUAUGAUAUCAAGAUCAUGAAAUCAAUACCAGUAAUGAAUGUUUUAAAGAAAGCCUUGCCUCCUUUUGUCAUAGUAAUGCUUGAAUCUGCCCUUGGCUGGUAUCAAGGGCGAAUAAGCCUUUACGACAAGCAGUCAUGGGAAACAACAGUAGAGCAAAGAAUUUUACAAGGACUUUCGUAUACCCCUCGCAAGACGACGAAAUUGAAGACAGAGUUGAUUGAUGUAGAUUUAGUGAGAGGUUCAACAUUCCCAAAGGCAAAACCGCAGUCAGGAAUAUGGCUGGCGGGGUUCAAGGGCAUCAUACGUUUAGUCUUCUUACCCUUGUAUGGACGCUGGUGGAUACAGGAGACUUCUUGCACUGGAUUCUUAACUGUUCUGUUUCUAUACCUAUCCGUUUUAUUUUCGAUGGUCAUCAUGUUUUCAUGCAGGCAUGAUCACAGACUUUUAGAGAAUGUCCCAGCAUCAGAAGUGUAUCUACCGGGAGUUGCUCUUCUUAUUUUGAGUGUAAUCCACUCUCAAAUUGUCUGUACAAGAAAUAGUGGCAUAUUCUCAUCAACAAAUAAAAGCAGGCCAAUGGGGAUGAGGCAGAGUAGGAAAAUUAGAUUAGUACGAAGGAGUAGCUCAUUAUCAGGGAGAGGCAAAUGUAUAUUUUGUAAUAAUGGCCAACCACCAGAUAAAUCCAGACCGCACAGUAGUACCACCUCGAAGAAGCACUUAACCGUGCUGAAGAAUAAACCCUCUCUCAAAAUGUUCAGAUCUCAUUCAGAAGAGCCUCGACAGGAAGAAACGUAUCCUCUAGAGCCCAGGUCCUCUUCUGAAAACAAUGUUUCUCCAGGUAGCUCCAAAGAGAGACCAAACAUCAUAAUCAUUCAGCCCUCUGGUGAGAGAGGGAAACAAGACGAAGCAUGGAGUUCAUCAGCUCCUACGUCAUCAAGUGAAAGGAGCCCUGUGAUUAGUCAAGUAAAUUCAAUUAUUGAUCCUUUCACUGCCACAAAAGUAAGCAAAAGCGAAUUGGAUGGCAAGGACAUCUCCAUGGCGAGUCAAGUCAGUUCAUGCAGUGAUCCUUUUGAUGUUACAGGGGAAAGCAGAAGUGAAGCAAAUAGCAAGUGCAAAAAUGUAAAUUCAGUCAAUUUUUGUUCAGAAGAGUUGAUGAAUGCCAUUAAAAAGCCCAGAGAUUCAUUUAUACAACCUGGAGUUGAUAGUGAGCCAUUGUUUAAUAGUAAAGUUUCUGACCUGGUCAGUGAUGUGAUUUGCCAGGAGAGCUUCCCGCCCUCAAAGCAGAAGCUUCUCAAGCCUGGUAAAGAACGAGAAAGUGAUGGUGAAAGUGGGACUGGGGACGUAGAUGCGCUGGAUUCAAAUAGUGAUGGCUGGAAUUUAAGAAAACCAAACAAGUGUGCGAGGUGCUCCAAUUUAUUCAUCCCGACGUCAGAUGGCAGUGGCUCCCGCUCUAAGAGAGGUAAUCUUCCUCCUUCUGCUGUUGAACGAAGCUCUUGUAAUUCAUCAUGUGAAAGUGAUGCUGAGCAGAGCCCAUCCUCACAAUAUUCUAAGUCAAAGCUUUCAGAAUAUGAAUGGACUGGCAUUACUACAAACAGUGACGAUCUGAGUUACAGUAGUGAGAGUGAAGGUGGAUGGGAUGAUACUGAGAGUCUAGAAAAACGAUUUUCACAUUCGGAAGCUUUGGACUGGAACAUUCAGGGAUCUCCAGCUGCCAUCAUUACUUCUACAUCAAAUGUCUCAGACAAAGUAAGUUGCAAGAUAUUUGAAGGAGCAGACUUGAAGAAGGUUGACCUUUCUGUGCUGGACAUAUCUUCGGCUGUGAUAUCGAAAGUAGAUAGUUUGCAGCAUAACACCUACUAUCUACAGUUUGGUCUUGUUAUGGCUGUGAUGAUUUCUCUGGUUCCAAGCAUAUAUCGUCUAGACUAUUCCAUUCUAGGAGAAACCUUGGAGGACAUUGUUACAACUGAUCUUGGAAGUUGGCACAAGAUUCUUCUUUCAUCGUCACAAAAAUUAUUUGAUAGUCUGUUUGGCAGAAAUAUCUGGGUGAAAACAAUGGUAUUCCUAUGCAUGGUCAAUCGGUUUUUACUGGCAUCUGGGUUCUUCUUUUUACUCUCUGUUGCAGAACGGACCUUCAAACAAAGGUUCCUUUAUGCAAAGCACUUUUGUUAUCUAACCUCUGCAAGACGGGCAAGAAAGUAUGAUCUACCACACUUCCGCUUAAACAAAGUACACAAUAUCAAGACAUGGUUGUCUGUAAGAUCUUGUUUGAAGAAACGCGGGCCUCAACGAUCAGUAGAUGUCAUUGUCUCAGCAACCUUUUUCCUUACACUUCUUUUGGUCUCAUAUCUGUGUUUUGACCUACUGAAGGAGGAUGAAAAGUCUCAGCAUUCACUGUAUAAUAUUGAACUCUUCUUUUGUAUCAACUCUCCCCCGUUCAGUCUCAAGUCAGCUACGUGUGACGUGUUUCCCAAUUGGGAUUUAUCUCAUUAGAUUUACAACAUUGGGUGCCAUGAUUAAUAAGAAAUACUCCAGCCUGUCCAUCCUGAUCACUGAGCAAAUCAACAUGUAUCUACACAUGGAGCAGAAGCCCCAGAAAAAGGAUGAGCUGAUGUUGGCCAAUAAUGUACUAAAGCUAGUCUCAGUGUUACUUAAG